GUGAUUUACGAACGUUUCCUGUCGAAGGAAAAGUUGUGUUGUUCUCAUCAUGUGUUACAGUUCUCACGCUGAAGAAUGAUGAACUGCUAUAAAACAGCAGCCACUGUGGGGGACCACAUGUUUUUCUCCCUGUUUAAAUCCCGGACAAUAAACCGCAGGCUCCCGAACACAAAGCCUUUCCUUAGCCGGAGUCAAAGCCAGGCGGCGGAGUCCUCCUCAGAGGCGUCCCCAGGUCAGCACACCGCUGAUAAACCCCGCCUGAGAGCCAUUGACCUUGCCCGAAAGGUCCGACAGGAGAAGGCGAGGACUCGGACAGAGCAGACAGAGCCUCCAGUGUCCGCCAUGCAGCAGAGGGUGAUGGAGCUGAAGCGGUUCAGUCUGCAGCUGCAAAACGUCCACCCAAACGUGUUGGCCAAACACCUGCACAAAAACCUGCUAUACCAGGAUAAAGAUGUGGUGAUUAUCAACAAACCCUAUGGCGUCCCCGUCAGAGAGGACUCAGGCGUUACCUCCAUCACAUCUGUGCUUCCUGUUCUCUCUAAAAUGCUGGAUGGACUGAAGGUGAAGAAUGACUCCAACCUUCUGCCCUGCCUGAGUCUGGAAAAGGAUUCAACAGGAGUUCUCCUGCUGGCCAGGAGCGAAGCAGCAGCAGAGAACAUCCUGGACCUGAGCAGAAAUAACCAGCUGGAGAGGAGAUAUUGGGUGAUCACUGUUGGAGUUCCUGUUCCAUCUGAAGGGUUGAUUGAUAUCCCCAUCAUUGAAAGAGAAGUUUCAAGUCCUCAGCCUCAUUUCAAGAUGACCCUGAGUCCGCUUUACAGAAUGAAUGAAGCCGGCGAGAAGCUCACCAAAGUCAGAGGUCACCGGCAGGCCCAUCCUGCAGUCACCAAGUACAGAGUAUUGGACAGCAGCUAUGGCUGCAGCCUUGUUGAGCUCCAGGCUUUGACAGGGGUUAAGCACCAGAUGCGGGUGCAUAUGGCGUAUGCUUUGGGAUGUCCCAUCCUUGGAGAUCAUAAAUAUUCCCACUGGAGCAAACUGGCACCACAGAAAUUACCAGAAGGUGUACUGAAAAAGCUCGGACUGGAGCAGACCAAGAGCCGCCACCUUCCUCUUCAUUUGCACGCUCGCCAUCUGGUGCUGCCAGGUCACAGCGGGUCUGACGUCAGCACUUCCUGCCCCCUGCCCAAGUACUUCAUAAAGACACUGAACAGACUAAGGUUAACAUUUCCAGAGGACAAAAAUAAUAAAUAAUCCCUCUAUGUCCAGAGACAGCUGGCAUAAAUGGUAGGCUGCUGAAUAAAGAGUAACCAACCAUUUAAACUAAAUGGGGACUUGUAUCAGAAUUAAUCUGAGUUUUUUUUUUAUAGGCGUUCAAUAAGAGAAUGCUUUUUGUUUGUGUCAUCCAAUGUAACAUUUUCCAAAUAAAGUGGGUGUGUUAAGUGUUACUGGAGUUUAUUAACUCAAAGCUACCGUAAUAAUUGUAUAGCACUGUAUUUUCUAUAUGAUUUGCAUCAAUCAAAAUACAAUGUUUCCAUCUG